UAUCAGUGUGUUUCCAUGGAGACAGUGGGCUCCGGAAGUGCAGAGUGCGGCUACGUAUUGUCUCCGGCCGCUCUUCCUGCCCGCAAUAUUUGGUUCCACAUGGUGUUUCGGGGCCUGUGUUCCCGCACGCUGCAGUUGCUGUCUCUGUACUGUGUGAGCGCCCGUGCUGCCGCUUCCUCCUCGGCUCUCUUGAUGCCUGAAGACCCAAAGCGCCCACGGAGGGAGGAGCGACUCAUGGCGCCCAAGAUCGGAACUCACAACGGGACUUUCCACUGCGACGAGGCGCUCGCGUGCUACCUGCUGAGGACGCUGGAGCCUUACAGGAAUGCAGAGAUUGUGAGGACCCGGGAUCCUCAGCUUUUGGCCCAGUGUGAUGUUGUAGUGGAUGUGGGUGGCGAGUAUGACCCAGCCCGCCAUCGCUAUGACCACCAUCAGAGAUCAUUCUCAGAAAGCAUGCACAGCUUGUGCCCUGACAAGCCAUGGGUCACUAAAAUGAGCAGUGCUGGCCUUGUCUAUGCACACUUUGGAUCUCAGAUACUUGCUACCCUGUUAAAUACAGAAGAGGAUGACCCCAUUAUCCCUGUAUUGUAUGACAAAAUGUAUGAAAACUUUGUUGAAGAAAUAGAUGCAAUUGAUAAUGGCAUAUCCCAGUGUGAUUGCGAGCAGCGCUACUCCAUAUCGAGCAACCUAAGCGCACGUGUCGGCCAUCUUAACCCACGUUGGAAUGAACCUGACCAAGACACAGAGAGUGGCUUUAGAAGGGCAAUGGAGUUGACUGGUAUAGAAUUUGUUUCCCGGCUGGAUUUUUAUCAUCGAUCCUGGCUGCCAGCUCGUGCUCUUGUGGAGGAAGCAAUCCGGACCAGAUUCCAGGUGGAUAAUAGUGGUGAAGUUAUUGUUCUAGCUCAAGGGGGCUGUCCCUGGAAGGAGCAUCUUUUUACGCUGGAGAAGGAGAUGGGUCUGGAGAAACAGAUCAAGUAUGUCCUGUAUCCUGAUCAGAGUGCCCAGUGGAGAAUACAGUGUGUCCCACUAGGCCCCAACACUUUCCAGAAUCGGCUGUCUCUGCCAGAGGACUGGCGUGGUCUGCGCUCUGAUGACCUCUCAUCUGUCAGUGGGAUUCAAGGGUGUAUCUUCGUCCAUGCCAGUGGUUUCAUCGGUGGAAAUGAGACUCAGGGAGGUGCUCAGGAGAUGGCUCGAAAAGCACUAACAUCCUAGACAUGGAUCACUUCUAGCAAUUGAUUUCUGGAGUUUAACCAAGACUUUUCGCAGCUAUGUGACAAAGCACUUCUACUCUGCCAGAUUGUAUUUAUACCAUGUGACAUCAGUAAAUAUUUUUGUAUUCAAUA